AUGACUCUCGUUAGAUCAGUGUAUUCAAAUAACCUACUGCACUCAAGGUGGUUAUAUUGUUAUAUGAACAAUCGAUACUCAGUAGUUCCAGCCACUGCUUUAUCUGAACCAUCAACGAACGAUCAAGAAACUGAAACUAAUUCUAGUCAGCCUAAAUACUUCAACAUCUCUUUUGUGAAUUCAGCUUUGUUACUGGGGACUGUAACGGGAAUAAAAAUGUUCCCAAUGCAAAGUAAUCCGGAUCGUAACUGGGCUCUAAUAUUUUUGAAAACACAGUUACCCAAAUACAUUAGCUCUGAAAAUGAAGAUUUAACCGAGACCUCUCAUACGAAUGAAUCUGACUUGAAAUUUAAAAAAGCGUGGUUCAGUGCGUCGAAUAGAGUUCAUGUUUUUAAUCCUAAAUUGGUCUCUGCUCUUAGAGAUCUUAAGCUUGGUGAACGUUUACUAGUCAGUGGAUUUCUUUCUUAUUAUCAGUCAUCGAAACUUGAUGGAAAGAUUAGCAGACAGUGCUGUGUCACUGCUCAGCGCAUCGCUCACAUGGGUUGGUCUAAUGAUUAUCAGUCAGAUAAGAAUCUAGAAAUGACUGAAAUUUAA